AUGGAUACACUUCGAAUGAACACAGCUGGGAAGCGAGUUAACCAUGUGGGGAAAAUAGCACACUACCCGAUCAAACAAGAAGUCCUGACGGACAAAAAGAGAUCCAUUUCGAAGAUCUAUGGUGGCUGCGGAACGAAGCCAACAGUUCACAAGCUUCCACAGUGCCGUGUAAUCGUGUUGCCAGUCACUGCGGACGGAAUGAAUACAGGUUCCUUCUGCGAUGGUGAGGGGAAAGGAGUGUGUGAGAAAUAUUUUGGUGCAUUAUUCAAACGCGUUUCAGAUUCGCGCCGAUGUGGACCACGCUGUAUCGUGAUUUGGGUUGUUCCACGCACAAGUGAACGGAAAACCCAGAGAGCUACAACAUUCGUCGGCCUACCAGACGGCAACACAUAUGGAGUUACUUUUGUGGUUCUAAAUUCAGCGUACACCCGCUUGGGGUACUCGAAGUUUUAUUUGAGAAGCUAA